CCUACCCUUUUGUUGAUUUGAUAUAGAUUUAACUCUUGUUAUGGUCAUGGACUGUUAGUUAACAUUUUGAGAAAAUAUGUUGUUUACCGAGUAUUUUGAAAGCUAUAAAUAUGUUAUGAAAUAAGAGUUGGAAAGUAAUGAUUAGAGAUGAACAAUCACAUUUUUUACAUGGUUGGGGCGUUAAUGAGCCUUAGUCCGCGAGUCACUAGUAUUAGGCUUUAGAGAGUUUUGACAAUGGAGCUUUUCUACAAGUUCAACAUAGUUUUUGCUUACAAGAGAAAUUCAGGGAUCCCUCCUACAGUGCACAACUGACCCUAUUUAUAGGCAGUCAAGUAGCUUGGGCUAGACUAAUCCGGGCACAAUAAAGAUGUAAUUACAAUUUGCUCGCUAAUAGAGCAAUAAUACAAAGAAUGGAACAUAAUUAUAUGUUGUUAAUCUGGGCCCAUUGGGCCAGCUUAGGUAUGGCCAAGCAUUACAUCUGCCCAUUGUACGUUAGCAUGGAUUGGUUCGCGUGGGCUUCUAAGGGGAACAUGGGGACAAGAUCUGUCAGAAUAGUGGCAGAACUGUUUCCUAGGAACAGUGUACGUUCCGUGCAUACCCUCUUCUGUAGGUUAGUUAAGGAGACCAACUGGCGAAUUCCUUGGGGACAUGUCAGCAUCAGGGAAGGCCAGGCUUGCCCUAUCUGGACGUCUUGUCCAGGUUCGUUUACUAAUGUCCCUGUUCAUUUACCGGAGUCUUGGUUCGUUCACUAGGACCCGGGUUCAUUUUCCAAGGUGGACAUCGUGAUGGUGGAGAUCUCCCCUGGAUUCUUGAUAGGGUCCGUCUCUAGAGAACAGAUAGUCUGCCACCUUAAUUAGCAUCUCAAAGGAUGUAGGUUGGUCAUGGCCGGGAAGGUAAUGUGGGUUUGCAUCGCAGUCCCGGUCCCUUUAUUAUGCUCACGCCCAUUGACCGUUAUUGGGCUUGAUAUGACUUGGGCUAUUAGGGUUUCUCCCUUCCUCGUUCACUGGGCUCUGGAUGGUCCCAGACCUCUUCUGAUGGCCCACGAACCCGUUUGGUCAUGCCACGUGUCAUAGGUGGAAAACAGGGAUAACAUUUACCCCUAGGUUUUCAUCCGUGUUCACAUGGUGGAGACUUGCCUCAUUCUGGAUCAAUCACGAGUGCUCCUGUUCGUUUACUUGAAUCCCAGUUCGUUUACCAGGAGCUGGGUUUAUUUACUUGGGGGCCAUUUGGGUGAACCCCGUUCUUUCAAAUUCCCAAUGUCUCGGACACGUGUCUCUAGGUUGAUGGUGCAUCUGCGCCACUCGCGCCCUAAAAAUCUGGAAAGAAUCUUUUGAUUACCUAGGUGACCGAUGGGUGUCAGCGCAAUUCUCGAAACAUCCCGUCUAUACGAAAAAGGUUUAUUGGGUACUUGAGUGGGUUGUUUAAUGCUUCUGCACUAUCCGGAGCCGCUGGAUGGGGAUAAUUUUGAGAUUUUCAAUGUGGACUGUCAGAUAAGGUAGGUUCAGAUAGUGGAUUGACGAAUCCACGGUUUAGUACUCAAUUGGGCUAAUUAAUGCCCCUACUCAAUCCGGGAUAGUUGGAUGAAGUUAGUCUCGAGAUCUUUAUUACAGAUUGUUGGAUCGAACAGUAACUUGUCUUCCUAUAAAUACCUUAACAGGCUCAUUUUCACAUUUUAAUCAUCCCAAAUACUCAUUCUAGAGAGCAGAGGAAAAAAAUUUAUAUGUCCAAAAUUGUCGACGAGAUCCUCCGGUGAUUAAUACAUCUUCGUACUCAUUUAUUUUUGACGAAGCCUCUUCCUACUCAACUAGCAGGCAAUUCUCUCCUGGUUAAUACGUUUGGGAGUGCCGAUGAAUUGUUGCAUCGUCUCCUCGGGUUCAAGACUGAGAUUCUGCCGACAUUGUCACUUGAGACUCAAUGAAUCCCAAAUCCAAUAUCUCACCGUAAGUUUUCUGGUCAUUUUUUCUUCUUUUUUAUUCCUUUUUGGUCAUUUAUACUGGCAUGUCGUUUCCGCGACUGUAAGACCGUUAGAGCUGCGACCACCAUGUGGUUUUAGGUAGGAUAGUGGCAAAAAUGAACAAUAGGGUGUUUGGUUGAUGCAUCAUACCAUACAAUUUGGUUGUUCCGGAUCAAUUCGGGCGCCUAGAAAUUGUUUGGGUAAAUUAGAAAAACCCUUGGCCUUUAGUUCCUGACUUAAGAUCCUGGAUCUCUAUUGGUCGCAGAUAUGGGUCCAGAGGGGACCUCUCCAAGCGGUUUUGGGAGAAUCCCCGUACCUCAACAAGUUUUCUUCGGUUUUGGUGCUAACUACUUGGUUCUCAUUUUCCUUGUCGCUUUCAGGUCCCUAAUCAUGAGUCGCGGUGUUACUUUGUAUGCGGAAGACAUUGUCCAAGUAGGCCUUGUAGUCCUGGAGGGGACCAAGCUUCCCACUGGAAACACAUGGGAAAUGGAUGGGUAAAUGAACGAGUUUCAGAAUUACCUAAUGUUGCAUUAGCUGGAGAAGGCCCUUGGAGUAGAGUCGACUUUGAGGCUCUUUUAUAAUCGACUAGCCCAGAAGGAAGAGAAAGCUCAUAUAAGAGUAGGCAUGUUCGGGACCUGGAGCAUAGGCCACAUUAGUGCGGGAGCUACUCUCCCGCUCCACGAUUAUUUCACGCGGUUCCUUAAGUUUGUGGGGAUUGCGCCUUUCCAGGUUCUGACCUAAGCAUAUAAAUUGCUCGUGGGAUGGAGCAUAUUCUGUGCGUUGAAGGAGAUCCCGACGCCCACUCUCGCGGAGGUGUUGUACUCUUACUAGUUGGAGCUGCAACUUUAUUCUAAGGACAAGACGCGAGAUGUGUUUUAUAGACUGAAGGCCCAUGGCAUUAGUUCGUCUCCAUUCAGCACGUGGAAGCACCCCUGGAUAUCAGGCACUACUGGUUCAUGACAUCUGGGUUCCUUCUAGAGAAGAACCCCACCUGGGUGCUGGACUUCCAGCGCGUGGGUCCAUAUGCUCAGACUCGGCUCAACAAAUCGAUCCUGGAUCGAAAAAAGUUCUACGCAACUCUUAGUGUCGAUGAGCUAGAUGUGGAGGGAUUCGUGACUACAGAGAACCUUCGGCUGGUCAAGAUGAUUACAUCGAACCAGUCAAUAGAUGCCCCUAGCUUCUGGGGGUUGCAAUGCGAGAGGGAUCAUGCCCUGAGGGAGGAGCUGGCCCUUAUCCACAUCGAGGCAGUGGAGGCUGCAGCCAAGGCGGACGCGGAGAAGAUGAAGAAAGAGCAGGCCCACAAAGCGGAGAGGGUCGAAUUUGAUGAACUAGAUGCCCUUCUCGAGGGGAGGCAGCCUAACAUUGGAGCUCCUGAGGCUUGUAUUUCGGGGCAAGGUCACCCAGAUAUGUCCAAUCCAGUGGCCAAAAUGAAGAAGAUGAUCGAGGACAGGGCGACUGCGGCCAAGGCUUCAGCAAAGAGACUCGCCAAGGGCCCGACCUAAAAGAAGAUCAUGGAGCUGAUAAUCGGGGACUCAGAGCCAGUCCUGGAGGCUUCUAAAAGAGAUCUAGCUACGAGCUCCGUUUCAAUGGUGCUCAUCGAACAAAUUCUACCCCAAUUUGCUCAUUUCCAGGUUAUUAACUUGGAGCAGGAGCCGUCUGAAGGAGGAGGGGCAGACAAGAGGAAAGCAGACUCGGUCGCCGUAGAGUCUACAAAGCGGGCCAAGAAGGACAGGACUAAGGAUCUUGCCCUAGCUGAGGUGCAAUCCUAUGGGGAAAGCCUCAUCAUCAUGUAGGAGGUUCCGGAGGCUCCCAUGCUUCCCAUCAACCCAACCCUUCCUUAGGAAUGGGACUUGAUCUUCUGACACUACAACAAAAAAGGCAAUUUGCGUCAGUUUAGCACUGACACAGUUGAAUUUUUGCGUCAGUGUACUAUGCGACGCAAUUGCCCAUGACGCAAACCAGAGUGUCAUUUGCGUCAGUGGGGCACUGCCACAAACUGGCAUUUGUGGCAGUGCCCCACUGACACAAAAGACACUCUGGUUUGCGUCAGUGGGGCACUGCCACAAAUGUUAAAAACGAGUAUUUUUUGCGUCAGUUGGGCACUGUCACAUAAAGUAUUAACGAGGGAAGUUGCAAAUGUUUAUGCCAAUUUCCAUGGCCUGUUUUGAUAAAAAUAAUCAGCAGUAGAAACAGAAAAAACAGCAGCAGAAACAGAAAAACAGCAGUAUGAACAGAAAAACAACAAUAUAAGUUUUUAUAAACAUUUAUCUAGAGUUAACAUUUGUGAUCAAAACUAUAAAAGUAAUUCAAAUAUCAAAGUUAAUAUAUGUACUCUUGUGUUCUAAAUUCCUAAGUAUCAAACCUACUUAAACUAAAAUUUCCUCACCCACUUGCUCAUUUGCUAAUUGAGAUACGCCAUAAUUGAUUCAGUCCACUCAUCCCGUAUCUCGUUGAUUUCGUCAGCCGAAUAUGGA